AUGGGCGGAAAACAGUCGAUGCAUAAGGAAAUAAAUACAAUAUCAAAACAAUUUAGUGUGGCCAAGCGAGAUUUGAAAGUACUGUUUCAGAACCUCGUUCAAAGAUUUCCUUACGGAUCUGUUCCGAGGGACCAACUUUCGAAAAUCAUGAAUCUAUCAAACCCAACAACGCAGAUGGUUGAUUCUUUAUACUUCUUAUUUGACAUCAACGAUGAUGGAAUUGUAUCUAUACCAGAGUAUGUGGUGGUAAUGUUGCUUUAUGAACGAGCCUCUCCACUUGAAAAAAUACUAUUUGCAUUUGAUGUUUAUGAUACAGAUAGAACUGGAAAAAUCACUCAUGACGAAGUUGAGAGAAUGAUUGCCCAACUCUAUAAAAGCUUUCCAAAAGAAUUUAAGGAGAGUGGGAAAACGCCAGCCGAAUUUGCGCACGACUUUUUCUCUGAGCUAGAUGUUGAUAAGGAUGGAUCAAUCACACGAGAGGAAUUUGCAAAGGUAGCUCUCAACCAUAAUUUGAUUUCCAUGGCCCUCCAAAAUACCCUGAAUACCACCAUGUAA